CUAAAAGACCCAUUUCAUAUACCCAAUGCAAUUUCACUGAAGACGAUUUGGAUUCUAUGCUCCAGAAAAACCAUCUCAUUUUGGAGCUUUGAUAUUUUCCACAAAAGAAGAAGAAGAAGACAGACCCUUCUUCAUGUUUCCAAUCAAACCUCGUCCAGACAAACCCAUUUGCAACCCAUUUUUUAUGCACAAAAUCUCUAUCUUCCAUUGGGAAAUCAGCCUUCAUUCUUCCAUUUGAAAAACCAUCUUAUGUUGGAGCUUUGAUCUUACCCAAAAGAACCCACUUUGCAAGCACGACCAGCUGUUGUUCCAGCAAAUCUCUUAUCCUCCAUCAAUCUAUGGACGAAAUCCACAUUUGGGUACUCUCCAUUUCUCUCAUUCUCCUCCUCCACACCACAAAUUCGGCAGACGAAGCAGAAAAACAAGCCCUCCUCAACUUCUAUCAACGUCUCUCUAAUGGGACCCAUCCAAUUGAUCCUGAUUUUGGUUGGAAUGCCUCUUCUGACCCCUGCUCAGAUCGCUGGAAUGGGAUAACAUGCAAUUCUGGGUCAUUCAUUAAGAAAGUAGCACUCGAAGGCCUUAGCUUCAAUGGAAUUCUCGAUGCCAAUUCCAUCUGCACCUUGAAUUCUCUCACCGUCUUCAGCAUUCAAAACAACAGCAUCCAUGGGGAGAUCCCGACCGAGCUUGCAAACUGCAAGCAACUGACACACCUAUAUGUCAAUGACAAUAGAUUCUCUGGAAGCCUCCCUCCCUCUCUCUCCCGCUUAAAUAAUUUAAAACGGCUCUUUCUCUCAAGCAACAGCUUUUCAGGAGAGUUGCCAGAUUUUGCAAGAAUCUCUGGUCUAGUAACAUUCCUCGCUCAGAACAACCAAUUCAGGGGAGAAAUACCCGCAUUCGAUUUCUCUAACCUUCAGCAAUUCAAUGUCUCUUUCAACAAUUUCAGUGGCCCUGUUCCAGAACUCAAUGGCCGUUUCAAUGAUACAAGUUUGCUCGGUAAUCCCUCUUUGUGUGGAAAGCCACUGCCUAAAGCAUGCCCACCUUCUUCUCCACCUAUGAAACAGCGGUCGAAAAGUCGGUCGGUAGAACGGAUUCUCAUGUACUUGGGAUACAUUCUUCUUGCCCUUGUUUUCUUCAGCUUCAUUGUUUACAGGAUAAUCCGUCGGAAGAAGAAAAGAGAAUCCAAGAGCAACAACAGCAAAACGAAGAAGGAGGUGGUAACCGAAAGCAAAACCAAAGCUAGUAGCGAAUACAGUGGUUAUAAGACAGGCGGGAGUAGAUCUGAGUUUUCAAUCCCUUCAUCAACGGGAAGUGGUGUGGUGUCAUCAGCUUUGGUCAUUCUUUCAAAAUCGAAGAUGAGGGAUUUGACAUUCGAGGAGUUGCUCAAGGCUCCGGCUGAGUUGCUCGGCAGAGGAAGGUACGGUAGCCUAUAUAAAGUGACAUUUGAAGAUGAGACCACUCUGGCUGUGAAGCGGAUUAAGGACUGGACAAUAUCAAGCGGAGAUUUCCGAAGGAGGAUGGAGAAAGUAGACAAAGUGAGGCAUCCAAAUGUGCUGCCUGCCAUGGCCUUUUAUUGCUCAAAACAAGAGAAGCUUGUGGUCUAUGAAUAUCAGCAGAAUGGAAGUCUCUUCAAUUUUCUCCAUGGAACCCAAAGUGAAAAAAAUUUUGAUUGGGGUAGUAGACUGAGUGUUGCAGCAAGCCUUGGUGAGGGCUUGGCUUUCAUGCACAAAGAGCUAUAUGAAGAUGGGAUUUCUCAUGGGAACCUAAAAUCCUCCAAUAUCUUGAUUAACAACAGCAUAGAGCCAUGUAUCAGUGAAUAUGGCUUGAUGGUGAUAGACAAUAAGGCCAUCUCAUCAGUGGACCAUGGUAACAGUUAUAAUGCCAUCUGUCCCAGUCCAGGCGGCCCAAGUCUGUUCAAGGAUGAUGUGUACAAUUUUGGUGUCAUUCUUCUUGAGUUAUUGACGGGGAAGCUGGUGCAGACUAACGGGUUCGAUUUGGCUACAUGGGUGCAUUCGGUGGUAAGAGAAGAAUGGACAGUUGAAGUCUUCGACAAGGCCCUGAUCGCCGAAGGUGCAAAUGAAGAAAGGAUGGUGAACUUACUACAGGUGGCAUUGAAAUGCAUAGAUCCUUCUCCAGAGGCUAGGCCAAGCUCUCAACAAGUUGCUAACAUGAUCAGCAUCAUUAAAGAAGACGAUGACAGGUCCAUUGUCUCUGAAACAUGA